AACCUCCCACGCCUAUUGCACCUCCAGAACUUCUAGCAGUUGGAGCCACCUAUCUAUGGAUCAAGCCAAAUGCCAACUCCAUCAUUGGAGAUGGACCUAUCAUCCUGAAAGAGGUGGAGUACCGUACGACCAAUGGGAACUGGGCUGAAACCCACAUUGUUGAUUCACCCAAUUACAAGUUAUGGCAUCUAGACCCCGAUGUGGAGUAUGAGAUCAGAGUGCUUCUUACCAGACCUGGAGAAGGAGGAACUGGACCUCCUGGACCUCCGCUCACAACAAGAACAAAAUGUGCAG